AGUCUCUGUGUUUGGGAAGGUAAAAAAAAAAAAUGAAAAAGUGUUUAAUAUGUAGAUUUCCAUAUUCUCCAAUUUGUGGCCGCAGUUUUCACAAAUUUCCUUCUAAUGUAGACAUGCAGGGCAAAUGGCUAAAAGCCCUAAACUUGUCAACUUUACCAAAUUUGAAAACCAGCUACAUCUGCAGUGAUCACUUCUCAGAACACAAUUUUUAUGACUGUGAAGAGUCCAGAAAAAAACCGAAACUACUGAGAGAUGCCAUCCCUCAAAUUUUCAACACCAGUUUAACAAACGAUGAGGAGUUGCGUGAGGUGGUUAGUGAACAGAGUAUGAAGCUUGAUGUUUGUAUCACUUCAUCCGCACGUCAAGCUGUGACAAAUUCAGUGGCGGAUGGCUUCAAUGAAGAUGUAACAAAAAUUUCUCAAGAAAGCUCUGGUGUUCCCAUUGCUGCAGAUGAUAUUAAGAAAGAAGUCUUACAGUGCAGUGCAGAAAGCUCUGAUGUUCCCAUUGCUGCAGAUGAUAUUAAGAAAGAAGUCUUACAGUGCAGGGCAGAAAGUUGUGAUGUUCCCAUUGCUGCAGAUGAUAUUAAGAAAGAAGUUUUACAGUGCAGAGCAGAUGAAAAUGCCAUGAAUUACGUCGACAUGGAUAUAAUCGACUCUAAUAUCUCGACUGAAGUAACACAGUCAUAUACACCCACACCUGCAUGGACAAACGAGCCUGGGCGUACAACACUUAACAGCCCAACGAUGAAAAGAAAAAAAGUUAUAUUAAAUGGUAAAAUUGUCAAAAAAGUGAAAUUUAGAGUGGGUCCACGAACAGAGUACUUCUCAAGAAAUGAUUGCAUAUCAGAUGAGGCUUGGCAAAAGUUUUUGCAGCUGUAUCGACAACAGGAACUACGAAUUGCAGCCAUUAGAAACCAGAACUGCCGAAAACAAAAAAAAAUUGACAGUUUAAGCAGUUUGAUUCAAAAUUUAAAAGCAAAGGGGGCAGAUUCUGUUGCUUCGUACGUUAAGGAUUUACCGCAACAUGUUCAGGACCUCAUCAUCAGAAUGAAAAACGGGAAGACAUCGUCGAAGCCAUCCUGAAAUCAUUACCUUGCAUUCAAACUUUGAAUAAGUGAUUAAAAAACUGCCUUUCAACCAGGAAUCUCUCACGAAGUUAUUUGAAAACUGUCAGAAAUAGUUACUGAACAAGCUCAAACAAGGAAAAAAGUUUAUUUUUAGUUUGACAUUCGACGAAAUGGAAAUAAAGCAGCACGAGAAGUGGGACAGCGUUACAUACUCUUUUAAAGGUCUUGUGGACUUGGAGGGUCAGUUAUCAGAAGUAGAUGGACAGGAUAGCAGCCAAACUGCUUUCACAGUUUUUGUUUUUGUACUUGUCUGUUUAAAUGGUGCUUUCAAAGCAGCUGUGCACAUUAUCUGAUACACUCUCUGAAUGGGAUUGAGAAAUCCAUUCUUAUCAAAGAUUUAUUGUUACACUUAUAAGAAAAGUAUAUAACUGUUGUUAAUUUGACGUUUGAAGGAGACGUCGCACACAAGACCGCCUGCGAAAAUUUGGGAGCUAAUUUGAACUACAAAAA